CUCUUUGGUUGGACUUUACCUCGCUACUUAGACCUUUCCUAUUCGGCUAAAAGUCUUGACUUGAGGCUCAAUCACCAGUUUAGCCCCAGUUAUGGCGGAUAUCAGCAAACCCGAAAAAGUGCAGCUGCAUGCUCCGGAUCUGGAGGAGCUGCGUGGUGUCUUACAGACAGGACUAGGAAAAAGCUUUGCAGAGGUUCAGGUGAGUGUUGUGGAAUGUCCAGAUCUCACUAAGGAACCGUUCCGGUUUCCUGUCAAAGGUCUGUGUGGAAGUCCUCGCAUCACUGAUGUUGGAGGUGUACCAUAUCUGAUUCCUUUCGUUCAAAAGCACAAGGAAUACAACAUGAACACUGUCUCAAAGGAGCUGGAGUUGCCUGGAGCUUUCAUCCUGGGUGCAGCAGCUGCCCCAUCCAGGAUUGUUGGAAUGAAUGCAGAGCUGAUGCCUUUGGUUCUGACUGAGGCAGAGGGAAGGCCUGCAGUGAACAGCAGCUACUUCUCCUCCAUUAAUCCAGCUGAUGGCCAGUGUCUGCAAGAAAAAUACUGUGAGAAAUUCUCAGACUGCAAUUUUGGACUUCUGGGGAAUUUAUAUGCCUGUGAAGGGAAACCUGGAAAGGUCAUAGAGGUACAAGCCAAGAAGAGAACAGGAAGCCACAGUCUGGUGACAGCCUUGAGGACGACUCUUGAAGCUCAUUACCCUGAUAAAAGCCUUGCUCUGGGAGGCACCUUCAUCAUCCAGAAAGGGAAGGCUAAAAUCCACAUUAUGCCAAGAGAAUUCUCCGCCUGUCCCCUCAACACCAACGAUGACGUUAACAACUGGCUCAAGCACUUUGAGGUCAGCGCUCCACUCAUCUGCCAGUCUGUGCUUGUAUCCAGAGACCCUGGCCUGGACCUGCGUGUGGAGCACACCCAUUGCUUCAGCCACCACGGAGAAGGUGGCCACUACUACAUAGACACUACACCUGAUAGUGUGGAGUACCUGGGCUACUUCCUGCCGGCAGAGUUUGUUUAUCGUAUUGACAGGCCAAAAGAGACGCACAAAGUGGGACGAGAUUGAAAUGCCUGAUAGAUCAUGGUGGCAUGGUAUCAUCUGUUAACUCUAAAUCAGUCUGACUUAUGUGAUUUUUUUAACUACUUGGUCCUCAAUCUAAUAUGUUUCUACAAAAUUUUUACAUUUUAAAUAAUAAAAGCAAUUGUAACUAAAGUGAUUCAACAUGCCUUGCCUGGUUUUAAGGUAGGAAAUUAAAAGCUCUGAGAAAAAUGGUG